AUGGCGACUACAACAAACCCUGACGGGUCUGAAGACGUGAACGAUUUCCUGCUGCGCAUUCGAGAACUCGGUGAGCAGCGCGACAAGGAAGAUCAAGAGCGCACCAAGAGACUGGAAGAUGAGAUCCUGCAGGGUCGCGCAGAAAGACAGGCCCGUCGAGCUGCGAGCACGAUCGAUCGCCGGCUCACCAUCCCUAAAUCCCUCAAGGCUGAGUGUAUCGUCCUCGGCCAGCCUUCCAUCGAGCCUCCGGAGCAUCUCGAGCCGACGGUGCAGACACAAGACCCUGAAACAGCGACUUCAGAAUCGACCUAUACUCUCAGAAGUGAUGAGAGACGUGGUUCGGUGCAAGAUUCGGGAAUGGAGUCUCCACGAGCGAUGCCCACCUUGCAGCGAAGUCGAACGGGGACCUUGUCGUGGCAGCAACGCCCGUCAUCUCGGGAUUCGCGUGAUUUUGGUAACAGAUCGCCUGGUUCCACAUCACCCACUCGAUCCAGUCAAUUGCGAAAUGCAUCACCACACUCAGAUGAGAACUUGCCGUCGCGAGCCCAGAUUACGAACUCGCUUGGAUCGAAAGAUCCAUCCUGGUUUCGCCAGACCCCAGACCGAGGACUGGGCUCGCCAGCACUCCGGAAGCUAGAGGACCGGCGAGGUAGUCAGGUAGAGUUGGGUAUGAGCCGUCAAUUGCCAGGAAUGAGCCGCGAGUCGACAGUGGAACCAGAAAAAGCGGACGUUGCAGAGGAAAUACCUUUGUCGCCGCCGCGGACGGCUUCCACGAUUGGCGAGAGCAGCAGCAAACGAUACUCAAGUGUGUCUUCAGCCUCCCCGCCAGGUGAACUAGAUUCGCCGCCAACUUUAACGGACGCCCCAAAACUUGAUCCGACCCUCACCGAGCCCCUCUCAGUCGAAUCGGUACCUACUCCACCACCACAACGACGAAUGUCUCCGGAUCGGGCUCGCUCGACGUCCCCCACGAAGGGUCUCGGUGGAUUUGUGCAAAGUGCUAUGAUGAGGCGAUCAGACAGUGUCUCCAAACGAUGGAGCGCUCAACUCCCACAGGGACUAAGCAGGUCCAACUCCAUCAUUAGCCACCGUAAUAGUGUUGCGGCCCCCAGCCUGACCGGGAGUAUUGGUGAUUUAGCUCCUACCACUUCUGCCUUGCAGUUGAACCGGGACACUUCGCAGCUACCUACUCAGCGUCCUGGGUCGAGCUACGGCGAGACAACAGUUCACCCUUCGGAGUCCAUUGAUAGACCCAUGACACCCACGGGGAAUACCAGUACCUUCCGCUCUGAGGGCAGCCCGAGCAGAUCGGUCCGUUAUGGUCACUCCAGGACUGCGAGCACAGCCACUGUCGACAGUCAAAGCGGAGAAACAUCGAGCCCGUUCACCUCGAGAACAAUGGAUCCUAGACGUUGGAGCCCGAACAAGGCCAGUUGGCUGGAGAGCGCUCUGAAUCGACCCAAUCCCGAGACUCCACGACAGGCAACGCCCCAACAGCCUGCCUGGGUCAGAGAACGUCAGUCGAGGGGUAGUGUUGAUAUGGGACGGGUGAGGAAUUUCAAGGAAGUCACCCCGGCUGGGUUGAUGCGAACGCCCCCACCAGGCGGUCAUUUCAAGAAGCCUAGUCUUUCUGCUGCCCCCUCAGUAUUUGACACUCCCAACGCUGGCAAGACCAAGGAGGCUGUCGUAGAUUUCCCAUUUCCUACUGUGGAAACUGGAAAACCGCCCACGACGAAGCUUGAAGCAGCCGAGGACAAGCCAACCGAAGGGCUCUCCGAGGAGUGUUCCGAAGAGAUACCCGAAGAAAAGCCCGAGACGAAUCCUGAGCCUGUUUCUGAACAAGUGGAGGAAGAGACGAAGCCCAUUUCUCCAAUUGUACCAGAGUCUGAGCCCCCAGAGUCAGAGGCGGAGCCUGUGAAGCUCUCAACCCCAGAACCGACUCGGAAGCUGCCACCUCUCAAUCUGAGCCCGAAGCCAAAUUUCUCACUCCCUUCUCGAGCACUUUUAUCGCCAAAGCCCAAGCAACAAUCUCCGGUUGUUGAUUUCAGAGCAAAUUUGCGAAAGCGAGAAGUCGUGAAGGAUAGCGGACCGGAAAAGGAGCCUGAAUUCAAGAAUGUCUUUGGCAAGCUCAAGAAGACCGAAACUCGCAACUACCAGGCACCGGACGAACUCAAGGGUAAUAUCCUACGGGGCAAGGCUGCUUUGAAUAUCACCGGAGGUCCUAAGAAGACCGAACGAGUUGAUGAAUUUAGACACAGUCUCGUGAUGACGAAAGAGGCGAUGAAGGCUGGAGGAGGCUCAAUCAGGCGAAACACCAUCGAGGAUAAAGAGGUCCCGACUGAAGUGAUUCCAGAAGCUAUUGCGAAGCGUCACACCAUGACCAAGUCGAGUAGCUUCAAGCGCACGAGUACCGAUGAGCCAAUGUCUCCCGCCACCAAAGAUGCUGGCUCCACUCCAACGUCGCCAAAUAAGCUGGCUAGCCCUGCGCGCACUUUUGGAGGCGCCAUCGACAUGGAGGCGCCUCGAGGACUCUCUCCAACUUUCAGUGAGCCUAAGGCGGCGGUUAGGGAUUCGCUUUCUAGCCCGAUUCUGAGCCCAAGUCAAGAUGAACCUUCCAAUGAUAUAGUGGAGACCAUUGAACCGACCAUGGAGAAGGAACGAAAGGGCUCCACCGAGUCGGCGAGCUCGAUGCGUGGCUUGCCAUCUGCUAGGAUAGCCGCUGCAGCUGCGGCUGCGAGGGCUGCUUCUCCGGUCAUGUCCAUGUCUGGACAAGGAAAACUUGCAGGCCGAAUCAACCCUGCUUUAGUAGGCUUGCUGUCACGCGGUCCCCUGCCAGCUGAAGGACCCAAGAAAGAGGUUGUCGUCUCUUCCCUUGAAGGAAACGACCCUUCAUCACCCGCGGCGCCUCUGACCCACAUUACGAAAGGUCGCGCCAGAGGUCCCAAGAGACGGUUGCCCAAGGGAGAUGCUUCUACCGCAGUCUCAUCUGUUCAGGAUACCGAGGUUGGUGCUAUUUCGUCUCCUGAAUUCAGCCCCCAGACAAGCCCCGAGCCUGUGAUUCCUUCGGAAACCCAGUCGGAGAGUGUGUCAAGGGAAAGCUUGGUCAUCGAUACUGAACCCGCUCAAAUAGAGAGCCCCGUUGCCAAGCCCCUUCCGCCAGUAAACACCACAACCACUUUUCAGGAUGUGCUCAACAGCGGACUACAGAGGCUGAGGAGUAUCUCGCCGAUCUCCUCGAGCUUUCCGAAAGACUCCAGUACUCGUUCCUCCGAAGACAGUGUGAGCCGUGAUAUCGAAUCACCGCGACCCGACAGCCCAUCGACCAGACCUCCCGUUCCGCCAAAGCCCAGUCCCUCACCUUCCCAUUCGCCAUCUCCUGCACCCCGAAAUCAAUGGAGCCAGCAAUCGCGGUACGCUUCAGCCUCGCCAUCUCCUCUCAGAACGAGCUUCCGAGAGAACGUUCCGGGUGUAAUGGUUGCAACCUCAUCUCCCCAAGACAAGAGACUUCCUUCUCCGCCGGAAUCUUCCAAGCAGCUUAAGUAUUCCCUGGGCAAGCCUGCUGACCACAGACUGUCGCGAAAGAUGUCUGCUCCGUCACUUGUUGCACAAGCAGCAGAUGCUCGAGAGGUGAUUGGGAACUUCUUCAAAACAUUCCCUAGCUCCCGGGAUCGCAUGGACAUUGAUCCGCAAUUGAUGCUCACUACGCAAGCUGAUGCUGCAAAGAUCCGAACCUUGAAGCGUCAGAUCUGGGAAUUCACUGGUGAUGGCAAGCGGCAGGAGGUGCCCGUCAACCAGGAGUACGUUCUGUACGAGGGCAGCAUGUACCUUUGCGUGCAUUUAUUUGAGGCGCACAACAGCAAUCAUUCUGAGGUAUACCUUUGGUGCGGUGACGAUGUCUCUGAGGCUGCUCUAGACGAUGCGCAGUUGUUCGCUCGCAAGGUUGCCCGAGAGAAUGGCUGCAAACUAGAGCUCAUCAGGCAAGGAAAGGAGCCGGUGCGGUUCAUUCAAGCUCUCGGUGGCAUCAUCAUCACUCGUCGCGGACAAAACUCUCGCCAUACCUCGUCGUCUCUAUACAUGCUUUGCGGACGAAAGCAUCUGGGCCAGAUGGCCUUUGAUGAAGUUGACUACUCAUUGCGAAACCUUUGCUCCGGCUUCCCCUUCGUCAUCUCCGCUCCUUUCGGCAAGCUCUACUUGUGGAAAGGUAAAGGCAGCGGUCCUGAAGAGACUGGCGCAGCUCGCCUGAUCAGCAUGGACCUAGGCCUAACGGGCGAGUUUGAGGAAGUCGACGAGGGUCAAGAACCCGACUGCUUUUUUGAUGACUUUGCGGGAUCCAAUGAAACAAAUCCGCUGAUGACACCAGAGUACUGGAAAUUGAAGUCGAAGUAUGACCACUAUCGUACUCGGCUUCUUCGCAUUGAUCACCAACUCGGCCAGCCAACCCGUUUUUGGGGCAUGCGCCGUCCCGGCUCAGGCUCACCAGUCGUCCGACCGAACGACUGUGUGCAGGAAAUCGAGCCGUUCUGUUUCAAGGAUCUCACUGAACGUGACGUCUUUGUACUUGAUACAUUCUUUGAGAUCUACGUCAUCGUCGGCGAUCACACCUCACAAAAGUCAGCCGAGUUUGCAUCGGCCGUGGUGUUCGCACAUGAGUAUGGCAUUCUAGCAGCUUCACUUCAGGACCGACCCUUUAUCCCGAAGAGCUUUGUCGCACUAGGCGGCGUUCCAGAUCGGUGUCAAAGUGCAUUCCGCAAAUGGGACCGGCGAUCGAUUCACGCGCCCUGCGUGUUCCCUCUUGACGUGGCGAUCGAAGCAAUUCGCUCGCAGGAGCGCGGAGAAUAG